GAGCUUCACUCGUAACUCCAGCAGUGCCUCUCGUGUUGCCUUCUAUUUGGGAGAACACGACAGGCAGGCCCAAGAGGAAGACCGUGCAAGUUGGGACAGAGAGACAGAGCAAGGAAGCAAAUUCUCCAUUCUCACUUCUAGUCUGCCCCCUGCUGCACGAGGCCGGACCAAAAUCGAGACGGGGCGAAACGGAACGAGAAGGCAAAGGAAGUCGUCCGAAGGAGGCAGGCCCUGGACUUCAUGCCCUAGGCCUACCUAGAAAUGCCAGGAGGCAGGUGUCGAUGCAAAUCGUACUUGACAGAUGACUGAUGGUGAAGAAACGACCCCACUCGAAGGAGGCAUGUGACCAAAACGCGUAUAACAGGCGCAGUUCGUACCCAGAACUCCACUCGAUAGGUGUUCGAGUACCAGGCAACGAUGCCUGCUAACAAGGGUCCUCACGGCACCUUCCAUGGCUUCCUUCCAGGUGUCAGGAGGUCCAAAGUCACGGGAACCAUGUCUGUCAACUUCAACGACAUCAUCAAGCAAGGUUACGUGCGGAUGAAGAGCAGAAACCUAGGGCUUUGGCGGAGGAGAUGGGUGAUUUUGAGGAAGGCGUCUAGUCGAGGUCCUUGCCGAAUUGACAAGUACGCGGACAAGGAAUCGGCGGUGGCCGGUCGUCCUCCCGUCAGCUCUCCGCUUCCCCUCAACCAUGUUUUGAAGGUGGAACGACUGCCCCCUCAUCAUGGCCCCAAUUCCUUCGUCUUGGAGUUCUAUCACGACGACCAACAUCAGCGCGGAACCCCUCAUGUUCGUAUCAUCGCCUGUGAAACAGAGGAGGACGCAGAUGCCUGGGUGAAGGUGUUGAGCGUGGAAUGCCAAUGUUCGCGGAGUCCUAGUCCCACCGAGGAGCUUCAAUGGCCCAUCUCAGGGAGCCCACCUAAGGAAAGCGCCGUGAACCCCCCUGGGGACCGUUUCAAUGUCUAUAUGCUGCCGUGUAAAGGAACUUCCGUGAGAGGAGAAUGUCUCCUGCAGGUGGCUUCCGGACACAUUCAACUGUGGGACGUAGAAGAGCCUCGCUUGAAGCUCGUGUCUUGGCCCGUCGCUGCCCUACGUCGUUAUGGACGGGAUUCCGGCAAAUUCAUUUUCGAAGCAAACAAGAACUGUGUCACCGGUGAGGGGACCUUCAUCUUCCGCACUACGGAAAGCGAGGCCAUAUUCAAGCAAGUUCAUGAGGUAGCUAUGGUAUUUGCGACCGCUUCCGGAACCAAACUUCAUAAGAGCAAGUCCGUCCCGUCUAAAUCACCCCUCCCUUGCCGACUGAAGAAGUCUCAUACGACGGCUUCACUUAUCCCUGGCGUUGUCUAUGGAGAAGAGGAGUUCCAAUACCUUGAUGACCUGGAAGGAUUCAACGAGUCCUCCUCCGCAAACUUCAUAGUCAGCUGCUGAAGCAUUUGUCUUUCUCCUUUUCUUUGCGGUUUUAGGUGGGAAUGCGAGUAGAGGUCAUGGAUGACCUCUACUCGCAUUCCCGAGAAUGGAGCAUUUUCGCACGGCGAAAAUUCUCCAGGUGGCCCCUUUUUCUUCGCGUCGCCCCUACAACUCAUUUGACUUUUCAUGUUUGUAUAAAUAGCCCAGGAGCAGUCGUGGUAUGAAGUACAAAUCGAGAGCGUAUGUUUUAUUGUAAUGCUGCUGUCUUGCAGGAAUGGACAGGAAAAGCCCAGGAGCACCUGGUUGGUUAUAUUUUCUUCUUUCUCGUACGUUUUUGCUCUCAUACAUGCGACAAUAGAUCUCAAUGCGUGCGAUACAGUUAUUUGCGAUUAAUUUCAUUAAUUAAAACGACUUACCAAGGAGAGCCUGUCAGCAUUACUGCAGAAUAGAAGUGAGGCUACUUAAUCAAGGGCAAUUUAAUACACUCCACUCCACUGUGGCUUUUUUUUUUAAAUCAACCAUCUGCCUCAGACUUGAUCUCUACGAACUCAUUUUACGAAAGGACGCUACCUCACUCUUUUAGUUUCUCUUUUUGGCUCUCCUUGGACUAGUACAGGAACCGAUUUUCUUACUCAAAUGUUUCAUGUGCAGCGCCAGGAACAACAAAUGCCAAAUGAUCUGUGAGGAGUUAGGCAUUGACCAAUGAAAUUUCUGACCUAAUGGGAUGUAAAUUGUGAUUUUUCAAUGGGAACUCCAGUGUGUGAUGUGUGCAGAGGAUUGAGAAUCCAAAUAAAGUUAUUGCAGAAUGCA